AAAAUGGGUUGUUUAGGGAGUAAGGAUCGUCUUACUAAAGAAGACAUGGAAUUCUUAAAGUCACACACAAGAUAUGAUGAAGCUACAAUAAAAGAAUGGUAUAAAGGCUUCAAGCAAGACUGUCCAAAUGGUCGUUUAACACCAGCCAAAUUUGUCGAUAUGUACAAAAUGUUCUUCCCUUCUGGGAAUGCAGAAGAAUUUUGUGAUCAUGUCUUCCGAACGUUUGACAUGGAUAAAAAUGGAUAUAUUGACUUUAAAGAAUUCCUUUUGGCUAUUGAUGUGACGUCAAGUGGAACUCCAGAAGAAAAAUUAAAAUGGGCUUUUAGAAUGUAUGACGUUGAUGGUAAUGGCGUUAUAGAUAUUCAAGAAAUGACAAAAAUAGUUCAGGCAAUUUACGAUAUGUUAGGUGCAUGUUCGUCGAAUCGUCCAGCUGAUUCAGCCGAAGAAAGAGCAAAAAAUAUAUUUGCCAAAAUGGAUGAAAAUAAUGAUGGUCAAUUAACACAAGAUGAGUUUUUGAAAGGUUGUCUGCAAGAUGAAGAAUUAUCAAAAAUGUUGGCGCCAUAAAUACAUUAAAAAUUAAUUCUUUUUUUUUUAAUUUAAAACAAAACAUAAAUUUAGAAAAUAAUUGAAAAAAAAAACAAGAAAAAAAUUUUUUUUUUUUAAUUAUUACAAUAUUUAUUAAUUAUAGCAAAGAAAACAAAAUAAAAAAAAAAUAAAAUGAAUUAAAUUUAAGAACAUUUUACAUACAUACAUACAUUCACAAUAUUAAGAGAAAAAUUAUUUCUAUUUUACCGUCUUUCCAAUUCUUUUUUAUCUAUACUACAAAUCAAAAGAAAAAAAAAAAGCAACAUAAUAAAACAAAAAACAAAAAAAUUUAAAUUUUAUCUUAAAAACUACAUAGUUUUCUAAGUUUUUGUAAAAUUUGAUAUUACAUAAAAAUAUUCACACAAACAUAGAAUUAAAAUAAAAAGAAAAACCAACACACUAACCAAUAAACAAAAAUAUUAAAAAUUUUUGUAUUAGAAAAUUUUCAAAAUAAUUUUCAUUUUAUAAAAUAUUAGUUUAAUUUUUUUAAAUAAAUUAUUUAACCACAAUUGAAAUUUAAUAUUGUAAUUAAAUUCUCUAUUGCAAAAGUGUAAAUCAUCAUUUUUUAAGCUUAAAAAAAUUUCUCAUUAAUUCAAAUGAACAAAUUAAAUUUACUUUACUGUGCGAUAAGCAAAGAAAAAUUCAGAAAUAUCAUGGAAUUAUUUUCAAAAAUGCAUUUUUAAUUCUCAAAAUCAGUCAGAAUAGUUAAAUAUUAUUGAAAGAUGGUAUUAAUUACCUUUCUAAGAUAGCUUUCCUCCAUACCAAUUAAAUUUAAUGACAAACAAACAUAUUUAAGCGAAUUUUUGUUUUAUUGCAUUAUCAAAUGAACUCUUAUUAAUUGAAUAAUUAUUUACCAUAAAUAUUAUUUUUUCUUUGCUCAUUUUUAAUAUAAAAAUUAACUUUUAAUUUCUUGUGUAGCUCAUUU